GGCGCGUCGCGGACAUGGCGGGCUCCCGGCUCCCGCGGCAGCUCUUUCUCCAGGGCGUGGCCGCGAUCUACAUGUUCGCCUUCGCCUCUCUGUACACGCAGGUCCCGGGCCUCUACGGCCCCGACGGCAUCCUGCCUGCUCGGAGGACGCUGCGGCCGCAGGGCAAAGGGCGCUGGCGGCAGCUGUGGGAGACGCCGACGCUGCUGUGGGAGGCGCCCGCGCUGGGGCUGGACACGGCCCAGGGCCUCGAGCUGCUCAGCCUGCUGGGCACGCUGCUGGCCCUGGGCGCCCUGCUGCUGCGCCCGCUGCGCCACCCCCUCGUCUACCUGCUCCUCUGGGCUGCCUACCUGUCGGCCUACCAGGUGGGCCAGGUGUUCCUGUACUUCCAGUGGGACUCUCUGCUGCUGGAGACGGGCUUCUUAGCCGUGCUGGUGGCCCCGCUGAGGCAGCACUGCCGCGGCAAGCAGGCCCUGCCCGAGACGCCCCACGACCACCUCCCCUUCUGGCUGGUGCGCUGGCUGCUCUUUCGCCUCAUGUUCGCCUCUGGCGUGGUGAAGCUGACCAGCCGCUGCCCGGCGUGGUGGGGGCUCACCGCCCUCACCUACCAUUAUGAGACGCAGUGCCUGCCCACGCCAGCUGCCUGGUUUGCUCACCACCUGCCAGUCUGGCUGCACAAGCUCAGCGCCGUGGCCACCUUCCUUAUUGAGGUGGCCGUGCCACCACUGUUCUUCGCACCCACUCGCCGCCUGCGUCUGCUGGCCUUCUACUCCCAGGUGCUGCUGCAAGUCAUGAUCCUCCUGACUGGCAACUACAACUUCUUCAACCUGCUGACACUCGUGCUCACCAGCGCGCUCCUGGACGACCAGCACCUGGCAGCCAGGCCCAAGCAGGGCCACCGCAAGAAGGCCACCUGUGAGUAUGACCAGCUGUCAGCCUGCUGUGGCCCCGUGGUGUCGCCUCCCUGUAGCUACAUCCCAACCCCUGCCCAUCUGACUGUCCCUCCCUGCAGCCUGGAUCCAGGCCCUGCUGGGCACACUGGCCCUGCUGCUGGAGCUGGCCGUCUACGGGCUCCUGGCCUAUGGCACCGUGCACUACUUUGGUCUAGAGGUCAACUGGCAGCAGCAUGCUAUCCACUCCAGAGUCACCUUCACCUUCCACCAGUUCUCCCAGUGGCUGAAGAUGGUGACGCUGCCCACCAUGUGGCUGGGUGCGGCCUCCCUGGCCUGGGAGCUGCUGACUGCCCUCUGGAGGUACAUAGCUGGAGCCGGAGUGGGUGCGCGGCCCCUGGUCAGAGCCCAACAGCUAGAUUUCCUGCCCACAGGUGGACCCGGGUACAAGGCUGGCUGCGGAAGCUCUGUGCCUCGGUGGAGCUAUCAGUGUGGGGUGGGGCCACAGUGGCCUUGUUUUUGAUCAGCCUGGUGCCGUACUCUUACAUGGAGCCUGGGACCCACGGGCGCCUCUGGGUGGGGACGCACCGCCUGUUUGGAGCCGUGGAACACUUGCAGCUGGCCAAUUCUUAUGGCCUCUUCCGCCGGAUGACCGGUCUGGGUGGGCGGCCUGAGGUGGUGCUGGAAGGCAGCUAUGACGGACAUCACUGGACGGAAAUCGAGUUCAUGUACAAACCUGGGAACAUGAGCCGGCCACCCCCCAUUGUGGUCCCUCACCAGCCACGCCUGGACUGGCAGAUGUGGUUCGCUGCCCUGGGCCCCCACAUGCAUAGCCCCUGGUUCACAAGCCUGGUUCUCCGGUUGCUGCAGGGGAAGGAGCCAGUGAUCCGCCUGAUCCAGAACCAAGUGACCAGCUACCCAUUCCAUGAGCAUCCACCCACCUAUGUCCGUGCCCAGCGCUACAAGUACUGGUUCUCCCAGCCUGGAGAGCAGGGCCGAUGGUGGCGCCGCCAGUGGGUAGAGGAGUUCUUCCCGGCCGUGUCCCUGGGGGACCCGACACUGGAGACCUUGCUGAAGCAGUUUGGGCUUCAGGAUAAGAGCCCACCCCGGGCCCGCGGCUCUGGCACCCUGGCCCAGGCCCUCCACUGGGUACGCGCUUGGCUGUGCCCCCUGGAGCCCCCCAUGCUGCUCUGGGGGCUACUUGUGGCUGUAGGCACCAUUAGAGCUCUGCAGGCCCUGCUGCCCGGCUCACCACUCCACUCGUCCCCACCAGCCAGCAGGGAAAAGCACAAGCCAGCCCCCAACCACAGCAAUGACACCUCACAAGCCUCUCCAGCCCCCAGCCCCUGCAGCACCUCCCGGGCUUCCCGGCGGAAAAAGUAGCCCCCAGAAGGCCCAUUCUGUGCAGGGCAGGCCUGCCACAGGGCGCAGUCCCCACCACGGUGCCUUCACCAUCCUGUCAGGGCAAAUAUGGGCCAGGAGGCUGCCCGGGACUGGCCAGUGCUGAGGGUCUACCGAUCUCUCCCUGCCUGGUGCUGCAGGAGGUGGCCUUGUGGCCCCACUCAGGACACUUCCAAGGAGGUUAUAGUGGAGCCAGGGCAACCCAGCCACCACGGUCUGACCCUGGAGCCCGGCCCUGCCCCAGAGCCAGAAUGGUGCCCCAGGGAGCUGACAGCGGUGUCAUCCUGAAGGUCUGUGCAUCUGUGAAGAUGCCUCAAGGGCUGGCCACCUGCCCAGAGUGCCUGGCCCACCUGGCACCAAUACAUCCACCUGGGACCCAGCAUGCAGUGACACAAGGACCUGAGCCCCUGUCCGCAUGGGAGCCCGGAAGGGCUUGGCCCAGCCCCAGCUGAAAAUAAACAAAAGCUUUUUCUA